AUGUUCGAGGUGAGCGCACUGACGCCGGGACCGCUGCUGUUCCAGUCGUGGACGCCCGUCAUCGUCUCAAUCGAUGGCCAGCGCCUGCGCGUCGACUACGGCGCCUCGCACAAGUCGUUCGAUACCACUGGUUGCGCUGCCCAUGCUAUCGACCCGCCUUUCCUCGUCGAGAUUGCCUUUUCCAACAAGAAGAAACUUUUGCUUGACAUGGGCUCACGGUCGCUACGGACGCAGCUCAUUGAGCGACUGACCGCUACGGCAACGUCGACCGCCUCCACGGACACCGCCGAUAGCGUCCAUGAUCAGCUACUCAGCGUCGCCGCCGCCAUCACCGACCGCGCGGCCGUCGCCAAGAAGUCGGACCUUCGACCAUGUAACGUCUCGGUCGCUGAUGUCCACGCCCACCUGUGCGGCCUCAAGGAUGUCUAUGACCACGUAGCAGGGCUGCCGUCGCCACUGGCCCUCUACGACUGGCUUCUUGACACGGAAGCCGCCUACGUCGAUCGUCACCGGGACCUGCACGGAUCAGCGCGCCCCGACGUGUACGCCCACACUGUGUACCAGCAAGAUCCGCUGAGCUACGCGCUCGGGACAACGUCGUCGGCGCGCCGUCCAGACGUCAACUCGUACAUCGGCGUCUGCUCGUACUGCAAGACAGAGUACGACCGCGCGCUCCUCCCGGUGAUCUACGUCACGGACGGUGCGUGGCCGUGUCCCACCUGCCACGAGACCAUCACAGCCGACGUCUACUUCAAGAACCGCUUCGACACGAUGGCGUUCGACGAGCCACUGCGCCGAGUCCUCGCGCCAUGUCCCACGCGGCGCUGCCCCGGUCGCUUUACGCGACCUGAGAUGCAGCGCCUCCACCUCUUUGACAAACCCGCUAUUUGCGCCGCCUGCAAACGCUCCGCCUUGUACGAGACGUACCAGAUCGCAACCCUCGUCCGCGAGCACCCGUCGAUCCGCUACCAGAGCGUCCGCAACGCCGACGGCACGUACAUCAGCCUCAUGCCCACGCAACGAGAGAUGCCGGUUGACGGACUCUGGUCGACCUACCUCCAUGAGCUCCACGCCUCUCUGCACGCGCGGCGCCACGGCCACGCAAAGCCGCGACUGCAGAUGUUUGAAGUGAGCACGUACAUGGUCGAGCUCGAGAGAGCCGUCACCAUGAUCCGAGCCCACGACAACGGCGCGUUUCCCAUCGACCUCGUCCGCGCCAUGCACCGCGACCUGCGCUUCGUCGCCAAGAUCGGCCCCAUGACACACUACUGGUCCAAUCCAACCGUCGUCGCCGCCGCCAUCCGCCGCUACGAGCAGUUCAUGCACCUCUCCAAGACCCACAAGCAUCUCGUCCCGACCCUCGAUAUUGCGCUUCUCUGGCGCGUGCACAUGACGCAGCACGUGGCCUACUGCGCCUACUCGCGCGCGAUUACCAAGAAGGUGUUGUCGCCGCAAUGGAAUAGCUACGACGACGCGGCGUACGUCAAGACGUGUGUGGCGUGGGACCAAGGGC